GGCUGACAGGCAGCAGUAACAUGGGGCUGCACUGCAGGGACAGCCAGUGGCAGGAGGUGUGAUCUCAGGUUACCUGGCCUUGUACAGAAAUGAGUGGGGCUGCAGCAACCACAGUGUAUAUUAAAGGAGAGUGUCAGGGGCGGGUGCCGGCCUGUGGCAGCAUGGCCAGGCUGGGGGGGGACGGAGACCUGCGGCACCUGCUGAAACUGCACCGCACUGAGAUCGCCAUGGCGGUAGACGAUGUCUUCCCACUGCUGCACGGCCUUGCUGACCACGACAUCGUCCCUGAGCACAUCUUCAAGGAGACACUGAGCCAGACAGAGCGAGAGGGCUCCCACCGCGCAUUCCACGCACUGCUCACCUGGCUGCUGGGCCGCGAUGCCACUGCCGUCCGUGACUUCUGGGCUGUCCUCUUCAAGGACUACAACCUGGAGCGCUACACCCGGCUCCGGUCCCUCCACAGCGCCUUCCCCACAGAGGUGGACCUUGGGCAGCAGCACUGCAGCAGAUGCCUGUCCCCCAGCCCCAUGGCACCUACCCCACACAGACCCCAAGGCAAGAGAAAAGCCCCAGAGGAGCAGGAUGGGGCCCGGGUGACACAACCCUCACCACGGCACACCACCAGCCCCGGGCUCCUGGCAAAGGCAAAGACUGUGAAGAAGCCAGAGAGUGUGGACACUCCACGCACACCCCGUACCAGCGGCAGUACCAAGGCAGGCAGCAGAGCCAGGGAUGCACUCUGUGUCCCAGCUGCUGCUGCUGGCUCCCCAAAGCCUCUUGUCUCGCAGAGCGGGGAGAUGUGUGUGACCCCCCAGGGCCGUCUGCCAGCGCCCCCUUUGCACAGCCAGGACCCAGCACCCUACCAGGACAACGAGGAUGAAUGUGCAGUGUGCGGUGACGGUGGGGAGCUCAUCUGCUGCGAUGGCUGUCCCAGGGCCUUCCACCUUCCCUGCCUGGUUCCCCCGCUGCCUCGUGUCCCGAGUGGGACGUGGCAAUGCAGCUCAUGUGUGGCCAAGCUGGGCCGGCUGCGGGAGGCAGACACGGCUGCAGAACAGCCCCCUGCAAUCCCAGAGAAGGAGGAGCAUGGUGCCCAGCCAAGCAGAGGCCUUGGGAGCACCUGUGGCCGCUGUUUCUCCAGGAUCUCUGCACCCCAACACUGCCUGACACGUGGUGGGGACCCUGGAGGGCUGUGGCUUUGCAGCUCCUGUGUGGGCACCCCAGAAACAGACAGCCGGCAGGGCACUGCAGCUGCUGGAGACCACGUGCUUCAGGCAGCAAAGGGGAAAUACCACAGCCCAGAGGCGGUGACCCUGGCCUCCAGUCAGUGAAGGACUGAAGUGAACACAUGACCAGAGGUGGGGGUGACACAUCUCCUCCCACAGAUGGAGAAUGGCUCAGCAAGCAGUGACCCCAUGUCAAGCAGGGAAGAGCUUGAUGCCCUCCUGAGUGAGGUAAGACAAACAGGGUACAUCCAGAGCAUAUCCACAGGGAACUGCUUAGUGCUUUCGGUAACUUCAGUGUAGGUCCAUGGAUUGUGGGAGGGACAAGGAGA